GAAAAAUUUGAAACAAUAAUACACACAGCCCUUUCAGGCAAUUCUGAGCAAUUGUUUACAAACGAUGAACCCGAAAUACAUAUAAAUGAUAAUCAAAUGGGUGCCGAGUGGAUCAAUGAAUUUAAAGACUUUGAAUUGGAGGAGCUUUAUGAUUAG